AUGCCUGUACAGUUAAGGGCCUUUGGCUCCCCGCGGCUGCUGAGCCGUUUAACAGGGCAAGGAAAUACUCGAAAGCCCCAACAGGAGCCCACUCCUUUCAUGGACACAGGACAAAAUAGAGAUGCAGACCCCAUAAAGGCUGUAGAGGAGUCAAGAGGGGGACCUGAAACACAGCUAGCCCUUCCUGGUGAUCGUCCAUCAUCUCCUCUAUUGCCUAGACAAGCAGAACACUUUGGGGUUCCCGGGGGGUCUUGGCUGCCUCCAUUACAGGCAGUGGCUGCAGCAGAGGGCCUCCCAACCCCAAAAGGGUCUCCGCCGGUGCCCCGGGGCCCACUUAGUGCCUCUGAGGCUCUUGCGGGGCCCUUAAAGGGCAGCGCUGCAAACGCCUGUGAGAUUACGGAGCAUACAGGCAUUGAUACUACUGCUGCUGCUGCUGCAGAUUCGGGAAAUCCACACGACAAAGGCAAACGGUCGCCUGCAUCUCAGCGUCGCAGUAUCUUAAGCCUUCCAAUGUGGCAGAGGAGAGCUACUGAAAGAAUUACCGCAGGUGUACCCAACAGCAGCCGCCGGCGUCGUCGUGUCUUCAGUGUCACGGGCAGGAAACAGCAGACAGAAGCUGCUGCAGCAAGUAGCAAGCCUGCUGACGCAAAGGAAGCCCUGGCGCCGGGAGAAGCUGCAACUUCAAUAGCCCAAGCAGAAACAGGCGAAACCGCGACAGCAGAAAAAACAGAUGCAGUCAAAGCAGCAGCAGAGGAUGCAGAGGCGUCAGCUGCCGCUGCAGCACACCAAUGCGUUGAGUGGAAGAUGCAGUCAGUUACCGCCGCCGCCUCAGUGGAAAAGCAGAGUCUAGAGCAGCAGCAAGAUCAGCAACAACCCGACCGUUAUUCAGCCGAAAAAGAUAGGAAUGCCCGUGCUCUGGGGUCGGAGAGCUCACACAGGCCUCCGCAGAAUGAGGCAGACAAAAUUGCUGGUGUGGGGUCCCCAGAUGAGGCGCAGGGCCCUGCUGCUUCGGUUGCAGCGAAAACCUCACGACGUAGUAUCCUAAAGGCAUUCUUCCUGCCCAGUCGGAGAGUUUCACAGUUGCAGCAACAGCAGCACAACCAGCAUGAGCAGCACAACGAGGAGAAACGGCGAGAAAAGGAGCAACAGGAAUCGCAGGCUUCAGGCGGUUGGGGAGGAACUGCGGCACCUCAGGCAGACGAGCAUCGCCAACCUUCAUUUCCUUCUCCACUUGAACACGACACUUUGAAGGAAUCUGCGAAGACGGGAGAUGCUCCACAAGGCCUUCAAAGCUCUUCGCCCGUUGCAGUGCCUCCUAGAAGGCAGCAGCACUUUCAGGAGCAAUUUCAGCAGCAAUCAGAGAUGCAGAAAUUUCAGGAACAGGAGAAGCAGGUGUCACAAAAACCUGUGCACCAGGACCCACAGGAGCAACAGCAAGAGCCGCAUAUGCAGCAGCAUAGGCACCUACGUCACACCCAGAGAAAGCUGGAGCCCAAUCCAAGGGGACGCAAUCACACAGUCGUAGGGCCCCUCGCUGCACUGAAAAGCAGCAACAUUAAAGACAGCACCAGAAGCAACAAACGCUUCCGAAGCAAGGAGGUAAGGAGCCCUAAGCAGGGAAAGGAGUGGCAGGACGAUCAGCAGCAGUCGCAGCAGCAGCAGCAAAAGCAAUCAAGACGUGAAAAACUACGCGCUACCAUCGCCGCCCCACGAUCACUAGCGCAUUCUGAGCACAUGCAGUCUCCGCAGCCUCCGCUAUCACAACAGACACAGCAGGAGUGGCAGGACGAGCACCCGCAAACGCAGGAAGAGGAGCAACCAAGGCACGAAAAGCUGCGAGCCACCACUGUACUAACAAGACCACGAAGACAUUCUCCGCAUGAGCACCGUCCGGAGCAGCAGCAACCGCAGCACCAUCGCCUGCAGCUCUUGCGAAGCCAAAGACCGCUUCAAUAUCUCUCAACUUCGCGGAAACUGCAGCAACGCAUGGCCCAAGACACAGUGCCUGCGGAUAGCAGCAACAGCCAAAGCUGCGAGGCGAGGGAUGCAGAGGAUGCAUUGCAGCUGCCUGAGCAACAACGGCAACGGCAGCAAUAUCAGCAGCACCAGAACCAGCAACAGCAGCAAGAAGAUGCUUCUCAGGCAGCCUACCCGCUGCCUCCUUUUUCGAAAGCGGAGAAUGAACAUGAAAUGCAGGAAGGUGGGGAGCUGCAGCAGCAGCAGCAACGCGGGCUAGCCCAAGAAGCACGCGCGGUCAAUGAACAGCCCGUGCAGCAGUCACCUAGACUCUCACUAAUUGAACGCCAAAUCGCCAUUGCCAAGCGGCACCAUGAAGAGCAUGAAAUGCGCCGGCAGCAACAGCAGCAAAUGCGGCAGCAGCAGCAGCAGCAACAGCAGCAAAUGGCUCGCCGUAAAAGCUCACGAAGCUACAGACGGCUGCUCGCUGUCACUUCUUCUCAAGCCCCACAACGCCCUGCGGAAGAUCUCUGCGUCUCUCUGCCUCGGCGUCAGCUACUGCAGCAGCCUCAGGAAGCCCAGAAGGAGGAAGAGCAGCAAAAGAUGCAGGACCAAGAAAUGCUGCAGCAACAAAGAGAGGAACUGCAGCAGCAGAAAGAGACAGCAGAUGUGCCGCAGCAGAAACAAACACCGUCAGAACCUCAAGAAGGGCAGCAGCAGCAGCAGGCCGCGCCCGAAUUACACCGUGAAGCACUGCUGCACUGCGGAAAGCAAAUGCAAAAUGAGAUGCAACAGAAAACGAUGCCUCAAGGGCAGCAGCUGCUGCACGAAAACGACCAGGAAAAGCAACAAAAGGAGCAGGAGCCGCAGCAACAAGAGCAAAAAAGUGAACAACAGGAGCAGCAGGAGAAGCUUCACGAAGAACCGCCGUCUCUAAUGGGCGCGGCUGCGACACCCCGGAGCAUGCCCUUGCAGCAAAGCGCCCUUUCCUCUCCUCGUUUAUCUCUUGUACAGAGACAGUCCUUACUAAUUGCACAGCAGAAGCAGCAGCACCAGCAGCAGCAGCUACAGCAGCAACGACAACAACAGCAGCUGCUAAAGAGGACACAGUCAUGUCGGCACGUAAAAAAGCAGGGGAGUCCAAUGCCUCUUCGCUUCUUUUCGGCAGGUUCCCCCUUAGAGCUACGCCAGCAGGAACAGCAGCUGCAAGAGCAACAACCACCGCUACGGCAGGAACAUAAGCUGAAGGCUUAUAGCAGCCUGCCUCCACAGCCACCACCGCAGCAGCAGCAGCGGCAGCAGCCUCGACGAGCUUCAACGUUUCCUGGCUCGCCAAAUAGUGACCGUCUCUCUCUGGUUGAGAGACAGGCUUCCCUGCUCCAAAAGCAGAGGGAAGAGAGACUGCAGCAGCAGCAGCGGAAGCGAGAGCAACAGUUGCUGCAGCAGCAACGGCAACUGCUGCAGCAGUUGCAGCAGCAGCACCUGCAGCAAUACCCUCUAAGGAAGCCAACAAACUCAUACUUAGCUUUAGCUCGAGCCUCAGCAGCGACCAUAAAGAGGGCAAGAGAAGCAGGCGCUGCGGCCCUAAGGGCAGCACAAGCAGCUGCGGCGCGCCGCAUCUCGGCAGAGCAAACGCAGCUACCGCAGCAGCAUCUGUUAACGAGGCAGCAGCCAAGCACAGCUGUAACAAUGGAGCAUGCUACGACUCAAGCGCACAUAACUAGCAGCAACUACAACGGCUGCUCCAAUGUUUAUGACCCCUCCGCAGGAGCAGCUCCAGCACGGGGGGUUGCCGCUUCUGUUGCUCCAGCUGAAUCUGAAAAAAUGAGCCAGAACGUCCUCGACAGUGACUUUAUGGUCCCUCUGUCAACGGUGUUACCAACAGGAACAGAAGCAAUUGCAGCCUCUUCACAGGCACCAGAAUCAAGGGGAGCAGCAGCAGGGCAUGCAGCGGAAACGCUGGCAGGGGCAGAAGCUGCAAAAUACGAAGAAUCAACAUCGCUCCUGAGUGCCCUGUCUACACCAGAAGAGACUGACUGGCUCUUCACGCCUCGUGGCGACAGCCCUCUUCCGCUACCUGUAGUGCAAGAGCACCAGAUGCAGCAGCAACUGCAGCAGCAACUGCAACAGCAGCAACGUCUCCAGCAACAGCUGCAGCAGCAGCUGCAACAACAGCUGCAGCAGCAGCUGCUUCAGCAUCAACACUUGCAACAGCAGCAGUUGCUGCUGCAGCAGCGGCUCAUCCAUCAAAAACAACUGCAGCAGCAGCAGCUACAAAAGAGGCUCAUGCGCCAGCAAGAGAGCAGUGUCACGGAAAAUGACGAACACCGAGGCGGGUUGCAGCACCAAUCGCACCAGCAACAAAUGACGCCCAGACAGCAGCCGCUGAUUCAGAUAAACGCAGCAGAUGGCCAAACUGGUGCACCGAAAUCACCUGCCUCUGCAUUGGAGGGCUUGAUCGGGGCAGCAACAAGGGCUGCGACAGUAUCUGCAUCAGCGGCAGCAGCAGCAGCAGCUGCUGCUGCUGCUCCAUCGCCCACAAGUACGCGCCAGAAAGAAGCCGCCGAUGGUGCAGCAGAAGCCUUCAGCAAGCUGAUAACAGAGAGCACAGCACUCUCACAGCCGCAAAUCAAGACAUCAGGGCCCUACCCAAAACGGGCACAUCCAGCUCCUACAGCUGCAGCAGCAGCCGCAGCAGCUGCCGCCGCUGCAGCAGCAGAAAUGCUUCAGCCAUGCAUGAAUGGAGGACAGCAGCAGCUGCUGCAACGUCAGCUGCAGCCUCUAAACUACAAGAGCAACAACACCACCUUUGGCACCGGUUUCGUCCCCGCAAGUUCUGCUGCUGUUCCUGUCUUAACGCCAGUGCCAGUGCCGUCUCCAACAGCAGCAGCAGCUGCAGCAAGCGCCUCUGCCGCAGCCGCAGCCGCUGCAGCCGCAGCAGCAGCAGCAGCAGGCCUGGAGGCUAGCAAUGCCUCAGGUGCGAGUGACGUGGCCGCACUUGAGAUUGAAGAUUCCACAGGGGCUGUCAAGGCCGUGCCUCUCAGGGAGGGUCAGUCUGCGGCAGCAGCACUUCACGAAUUUUGCCUGCAGGAAGGCAUACCAAAAGAGGGAGAGCAGCAACUAAAGCACGCCUUGCAAGUAGAGCAGCAAAGACACAAGCAACUGCAGCAGCAGCACAUGCCGUGCAAGCAGCAGCAACAACAACAACAGCGACAAGCGCAACAGAUGCAGCAGCAGAAACGAGCCGCUGCUUCUGAGUUUAUGGAAACAGACCCUGAAACGGAAGGGACCCCCUGGGAUCCCUCAUUGCCGGCAUCUCUAUUUGAAGAUGAUGAAAUCGCGUUACUGCGGCAGCCACCUCUGCAGCAGCCGCUAAAGCUUCAGCAGCCUAGCCAGUCCUUUUUGCCGCCCAACCCAAAGCAGCAUUCUCAAUUGCUGCUGCAGGGACAGCAAAUGCAGCCACUGCUGCCUCAGGUAAUGGAGAAGCAAAUAGCCUGGCAAGAACCCCCUCUGCAACAGAUGCAAACGCAGCAGAAGCCGCUGCGGCAAGAGCAUUUUCAGCUGCUGCCACAGCAACUCUUGCAGAUGCAGCAGCUUAUACAGCAGCCGCUGGAGCAGGAUUUGCAGCAGCAGCUUCUCCAUCCCCCACAGCAGCUGGGUGAAAGGGUUCCGCAACAAGUUUCUGCCCCUUGCGCUGGGUUAUCUCUCUCUAGACAACUAUCUGCUGCCCCGCACAUGCUCGCGCAGCCGCUUAGAAAGCAGAUACAACAGCCGCUUCAGCAACCACUCCGUCAGAUACUGAGACCGCCUCUACAACGGGGAUUACGGCAGCAGCCGCAGCAGGAACAACAGCAGCAACUGCAGAAAGAUCUGUGGUACACUCCGGCACAGCAGCCAGAAGGUGCAUAUCUCCUGUCAAGUAAACCACUGAGACAACCCCGGCCAGCAACAGUGGGCGGCGUAACAACUCCACAGGUGCAGCUUCUGCUGCAACAGCUACAACUAGAGCCGCAAAGUAGUAGUUACCAUAGGCAAGAAGCCGCCCCAAACUCCCCUCCUUUUCAGCUGCCGAGAUGCCGCAGCCACACUGCAUGGCAACAGCAACAGCAGCAGCAGUUGCUGCUCCUAACGCAAGAUAAACAACACGAACCGCAGCAAUUUCUGUCGAUCCCGAAGCAGCAGGUGCAACAGCAAACGCACCUGCAGGUGCAGCAGCAAGUGCAGCAGCAAGUGCAGCAGCAAGUGCAGCAACAGGUGCAGCAGCAAGUGCAGCAACAGGUGCAGCAGCAAGUGCAGCAGCAAGUGCAGCAGGAAGUGCAGCAGCAAGUGCAGCAGCAAGUGCAGCAACAGGUGCAGCAACAGGUGCAGCAGCAAGUGCAGCAGCAAGUGCAGCAGCAAGUGCAGCAGCAAGUGCAACAGCAGGUGCAGCAGCAAGUGCAGCAGCAAAUUCAACACCACCAGCUCCAGCAAGAGCCUCUGGAGCCGCAUUGCUGUGGCUCCCAUGCGUUGAAUAGUCCCGUAGCCUUCACCUCUGCGCAGCCUUCGUGCAUUUACAGCGACUGCAGCAGUCCCCCAUUCCAUUCACCAGGAUCUGUUAACCUUCAGGGGGCUUUCCCAGAGCAGCAGCAGCAGCAGCAGCAGCAGGUGCUGUUACAUCCCGGCGCUUCCAUGCCGCAGCAACAGCAACUGGGGGACGGGAGCUGCUGCAUCAGCGCUUGUUCAGGAAAGCAGAGCGCGUGGAAAGGCAGAAACAGGCAAGGACAGCAGAGGCAGCAGCGGCCGCAACAACGGCAAGAUAGUGCCGGAAGGAAACAACAGCGGCUAUAUGAGCUGCAGCAGGAACAGCGAGCUGCCAGGUUGCAGCAGCAGGUGCAACAACUGCAUCGGCAGGUGAGGCGGCUGCUGCGAAAGCACAAAGGGGAGCAGCAGUUGCUGUUACAACAGCUUGAAGGGGGAAGGGAACAGGAACAGCAGCUUGAGGGGCUCCGACUGCAGCAGCAAACUCUGCUACAACAGCUGCUGCAGCAGGAUGCAAAUGUUUUGAAGGCUCUGGAGAUGCUACAGCAACUACAACAGCUUCAGGCUACAGUAGCAGCGGCAGCUGUUGGAGCAGCAGACAAUCCUACCUCAAUGCAGCAGAAUGUCUUGUUGACUCCACGCACAGAGCAGUUACAGUGGGAGCAAAGGCAGCAAAGGCAGAAGCAGUUGCUGCUGCAGCAGCAAAUACUGGAGCAGAGGACAGCUCAAUUGUGGCAGGAGCAGCUAUUGCUGCAGCAAAGAAGGGAGGAAUUUGAGCGUGAGUUGCUGCAGCUGAAGCAUUCAGUAGAACAGCAGCAGUGGGCGCAGCAGCAUCAAGAGGGCACAGGGCUACAACGCACCAUUAGGCGCUUCCUGCAGCGCUUUGGUGUAGGCGCAGACCCAGCAAGUACAACAGCAACAGUUACAGCAAGAGCGACAGCAGCGCAGGCGCAGGCUCUCCAGGCGAGGGCACUUAACUGGAAGGGCCUUGUGGAGCAACAGCAGAGAUGCCAUCUCCUGGGGCAGCAGCAGCAACAGGACUUGUGGCGGCAGCAACAACAGCAGCGCCUGCUACACCUCGCUGAUGUCCUCUCGGCGUCUGCAGGUAAAGACUUGCGACAGCUUCACCAGGCCGCACGCAGCAGCAGCAUCAGUAGCAACCGUCUGCGCGGGAGGGAUUGGCAGAGCUGUUGCAGCUCAUAUAGCAGCAGCAUAUCCUCAAGAAGCAGCAGCUGCAGCAGCAGCGCCGACUUGCGGGAACCAGCACUAACACCGAGGGUUUGCUGGGGAACUCCAGCAGUGGCUCACAGCUAA